GGGCGGCGGCGCUGAGGCCCCGCGGCGGCGGCGGCGCUGCCGUGUUGACAGCGGCGGCCGCGCCGGGAGCUGCCCCGGGAAGCGGGUUGGCGGCGCCGGUUCUCCGCUCCCUCCUCAGCUAUGGCCUUCAUGGAGAAGCCGCCGGCCGGCAAGGUGCUGCUGGACGAUACGGUGCCGCUGACAGCGCAGAUCGAGGCGAGCCAGAGCCUGCACUCGCACACGGAGUACAUAAUCCGUGUCCAGAGAGGAGUUUCAACAGAAAACAGUUGGCAGAUCGUGAGGCGAUAUAGUGACUUUGACUUGUUGAAUAACAGCCUGCAGAUCUCAACUCUAAGUCUACCUCUUCCUCCAAAAAAGUUGAUUGGAAAUAUGGAGCGUGAAUUCAUUGCUGAAAGACAGAAGGGACUCCAGGCCUACCUGGAUGUGAUUACUGCCCAUCACAUACUGUCUAACUGUGAACUGGUAAAGAAAUUCUUGGACCCAAACAGCUAUUCUGUAAAUUACACUGAAAUUGCCUUACAGCAUGUUUCAAUGUUCUUCCGAUCAGAGCCAAAGUGGGAAGUAGUUGAACCAUUAAAAGAUAUAGGUUGGCGAAUACGUAAGAAAUAUUUCUUAAUGAAAAUUAAGAAUCAACCAAAGGAACGGCUAGUGUUAAGCUGGGCUGAUCUUGGCCCUGAUAAAUACUUGUCUGACAGAGACUUACAGUAUGCUGUGAAACUUCUUUCUUCCUGUUCUCAUCCCUAUAUUUACAAAAUCACUUUUGCCAUUGCCAACGAAUCUUCAGCACUGGUUAUAAGACCAUUCAGUGAAAAAGGGACACUAAAGGACCUCAUUUAUAAGGCAAAGCCAAAAGAUCCAUUCCUGAAGAAGUAUUGCAAUCCUAAAAAAAUUCAAGGUCUUGAACUUCAGCAAAUAAAAACAUAUGGAAGGCAAAUAUUAGAGGUAUUAAAAUUCCUCCAUGAGAAAGGAUUUCCUUAUGGCCAUCUUCACUCUGCCAAUGUGAUGCUGGAUGGGGAUACCUGCAAGUUACUGGAUCUAGAAAAUUCCUUGUUGGGACUUCCAUCAUUUUAUCGAUCAUACUUUUCACAGUUUCGGAAAAUUAAUACUUUAGAGGGUGUUGAUGUUCAUUGCUUUGGACACUUGCUGUAUGAAAUGACCUAUGGGAGACCUCCAGACACGAUUCCAGUGGAGAGCUUCCCCCCUGCUCCAUCAGUGUUUGUUGUGUCAGUGUUGGAGUCCAUUCUGACUUGUGAAGCUCUGAAGAAUGGGAUGCCAACUGUCUCACGGCUCUUACAGAUGCCAUUAUUCAGCGACGUCCUGCUAACAAACUCAGAGAAACCACAGUUUAAGAUUCCUACUAAGCUAAAAGAGGCAUUGAAAAUCUCCAAGGAAUGCAUAGAAAAGCGAUUAACAGAAGAACAGAAAUUGAUUCACCAGCACAGAAGGUUGACAAGAGCUCAAUCUCAUCAUGGCUCUGAAGAAGAAAAAAAGAAAAGGAAGAUCUUGGCACGAAAAAAGUCAAAGCGGUCUGCCAAUGAAAGUGGGGAAGAACACUCAGCCAAAUACAGCAACUCAAAUAACUCAGCAGGCUCUGGGGCGAGUUCCCCUUUAACAUCUCCAUCAUCCCCCACUCCACCCUCCACAGCAGAGCAUGCAUCAUUUUGAACGUGAAUUUUCAGAAAAGCAUCAAGUUUACAGCAUCUGAUUUACUUCCUAUUCCUUUUAACACACUCUUUUAACAAAAAUGUCCCUGUAAAAACCCUUGGUAAGUUCUUGUUUGAGUGUUUUAUUCUUAAAACUGCAUGAAUGAAUAUGUGUGUUUGCAGGCAACGUCCCUCAACAUAUGUAUUGGAAGGGCCUAGUGAUAGCUAAGCACUUGUGUCAAAUGUUUUUUCUAGCAAAUAGAGGAAAAUAUUUAAUUGUAGGGCAGAACAAUUUCAUCUGUAGAUGUAAAUGUAUAUGAAUGCAUGUGUGUGAACUAAGAUUUCUUUUGCACCACUUGUAUCAAGAAAGAAAGGACAGCUUGGUGUUGAUGACCUAACUGAAGUGAAUGGAUUUGAAGAUUUCUGAAUCAUGCUCUUAAUUAACAGGUUCAGUAUGUAAUGCCCAUAGCUAGUGAGAUUCUGAACCCUGCAAGUAUUUAUGUCUUACAGCAGAGCUCAAGUGUAAAGGUGUAAUUCUCUGUUAUCAGUUUCCCAAGAGUUUAACCACAUGAUGUUGUCACCAGCUCAAUUUCAAUAAUAGUGAGUCCUGAGGAAUUUAACAAUUUUCCAGGAAGAAAGGUGCUCUCUGCCCCCACUUCCGUGUCUUUUCUACUCCUGUAAAAUAACCAGGCCAAAAGCUGAAGAUAACACAUAGAAUCUUGGCUACUAAUAUUUAGUGAUCCAAGCAUUUAGUGUCUUUUUUGCCCUCUGUGUGUCAAACAUGUGCCUUCUUUCACCACGUUACCACUGUAUUUGUAUUCCCUGGCCACUGCUUUAUGGUCAUUCCCUAUUGCAUCUUGUGCAACUACUUGCAUGGUCUCUUUCAGCCUCACCUUGUAAUUCCAGACAAAAAUCUUGUCUUUGUUUCUGCAGUUCUUGCAUCUCUUUGAUGCCAUUUCUUUUGUGAUUAGCUGCUCUUGGUGCUUUCACAGCAUUUUACCUGAUCUGUUUGGAAGUAGGCUGGUGCAGGGUCCUGCCCUGACCACUUCAACCACUGAAUGGGUACUUGGACUGUUCUUGGUCUUGUUCUUCCUUUGGCCAAGUUUUUCUCUCCUGGCCUCCAUCCACGAGACAAACAGGACUCUAAUGCUGGGAUUGUUUUGUCAGCAUUUCAAACAGUAAAUUGAUGUACAUCUUUGGCAAGUGUCAAAAGCAGAUUUGUAUAAGUUAGAAGGCUCCAGUAUGCAAUUUAUUUCAGUUUGUGCUGCCAUUGUGUAUAGUCUUGGUUACUUCAGAAAGCAGUUGAUCUACAUGCAACAGGUAGAUUAAACUGUUUCAGUUGAUCUCUGGUAUUUCUAUUAGGACUUUUCCUCUGGAAAGGAAGAGAGUGAAGAUGAGCUCAAUGUGUACUUCAAAGCUUUGUUUUCACAGAAGGCUUUCAUGCCAAUGAGAAUUUCUCCUGAAGAGCUGGAAGAGCUACAGUCAUAGCAUAUAUAAAUGUACACUGGCAAAAUUGAAUGCUUUAUGUGAAUACUCUGCAUUUUGAGCUUGCUCUCAUAUGUGAAAAGUCUUUUUUCAAAGACCGGUACGGAUAGAAAAUGAGAGUUUUGAAUUAUGUCUUUCAUCUAGUAUAACUGCUUGUUUUAAUAACAGCAAUUCUGUUUUUACUGUUACUUGUUAGUCUAAAAACAAUUGUUGAUAAGGAAUUGAGAGACAAAUGGAGCAUGGAGAACUUUUGUCUGCUUUCUGUAGUUGAGCUUUAUCCUUCAUCAAAUCUCUUUUGAGUCAGAGUGGCAUAAAAGUUAGAUAAUUACUUGAAUUUGCUCACUUCUAGCAAGCAGUUCUACUUCAGGAACAACAGUCUCUUGGUUGCCUUAAUGUUGUUUUACCUUGCCCAGUAUCACAGUUCUUGCUACUUACCAGUAUAUUCCUCUUUGUAGGUCAGAGCUACUGGAAGCAAGUGUUAAUAGGUGUAAUUUGUCUCUUCAGUCUUCCUAUGGCAUAACUCAUGCUCUUGAUGAUAGUUCAGAUUCGCUGCUGAGUACCAGGAUAUUAAUAAUUAUGACCCUAUUCCUUCCAAAAUAUGAGACAAGAUAGGCCCAUUAUUGUUUGACUUGAGUAGCAGUGAUGCUGCAAUGUGCAGCAGCAGAAGCUGCACAAGAUCGGGGUGCUUGGGAGAGUGCCUGGGGUAAAUAAGGGAAGCCACUUGCCUGGAUGGGAACUGCCAGGAAACAGCUCCAUGCAGGCCCUCGCUGCUGGACCAGCUGCAUGUUCCACUGUGGGCUCUGGCUUCCCAGGGAGUCAGGACGUGGAGGCUGAGGUUGCAUGUGAAGCAGAAAGUGGAUGUGGCUGGCAUAGAAAGCAAGGGACAGAGUACAAGGGUGGCUGGUGGGAACAGGAGAGACAGGCUGGAGGUGUGUGUGACAGUGUUGUGAUUCAUUUAGUCUGUCAAAGCAACCAUGUGUUACAACAUAUUUGGAGAAAGUCAAACAGAACUUUGGAAGUAUAAAACACUUCCAGAAAACUCUAUCUGCAGUUACUACUGUAGAACUGAAGUAUAAUCUGGCCAAGUGAAAUGUUCAUCACAGAUACUACAGUGAUGUGAUUCUUCAUUCAUAGGAAUGUCAAGUGAGUUAUGUAAGUAAGAACAGGUAGUAAAAUUUGCUUCCAGUCUUCGUUACUGUUCAUAUCCCAAAGAACAAACUGCCUCACUAGGGACAAAAAGGAGAAGCUGAAUCUGGGAAGUCCCGUUCAGCAAUCUGUUUUCCUUGGUGCAUGAUCACACAUGAGUCAUGUUUUACAUCUGAGUCCUGAGGCCCUUCAGGCUUCAUUUCAGAGGCAUCUCAGAUGACAUGACUCACCUGCAGAUAGAGGGAUUUGAUCACUUCGGCAUUUUCCAUCUGUUCUGUUCCUCACACUCCACUGGCAUUCAGGGGAUGAUGGGACUAAUCCAGCCAAGCAGCCGCAGGCCUCUGGGGCAGGACAUCCCUGGCAUAAUCAAACUGCACCUUCUCUCCCCACCUUCUCAGGAGCAUCGUCCGUCCCCCCAGC